AUGGGGUUCCAUGAUCCCCAGUCUCAAUUUCCAGAUAGAGAAAGAGUUCACUUUCUGGAGGAGCAUUGUCAGGAGCUCAGGAGCUGGCAGUCUGCGCUCGGCGCAUCGCGCACUCUCACGCCUGGACAUGCGCAGGUUGAUUGCCUGCGAAACGGAGAGUCUGUGGUCAGCCGCGCCGCGCAUUGGGCUUCGAGAUGGCAGAGACAAGUAUACUGCUGCAGCACAAGUCAGCAGCCUCUCAUGACAAGAAAGGCGCUCCUACCGCUGAAGUGCUGCCUUUCUCUGUGGUUGGAAGCAGACCGGCGGAGGAAGCCGCUCAGUGCUCAUCUGGCGUCUCGCCCAAUUCGAGCAAUCCCCCGGUCGCCCCCGUGCAUGAGCACUUGGGACACAUCCGGCGCACCAUGCUGCGCCGCUCACCCGCUGUCAGACAUCAGAGCGCUCGUGGCGAGCGCGGCCAGAGGCUUCCUCACCAGCUCAAAGCGAGGCCACCGCAUCUUUCGGAAGAGGCACACGACGACAAUCUAUGGCCAACACUGGUUCAAGAGCAAGGAGAGUCCGACCGGCCGGGGCCCGAAGGACCUCGCCGUGGCCUGGAAGACCCUCCACGGCCACGACAUCCUCAUCGCCGCUGACAUCGCGCGAGAUUCUGGUGCCAAGAUGUUCACCAGCUUCCAGAACGUUCCUGAGCUGCUGGCGUACUGCGCACGUCUCGGGGGCCAGAGCAAGCACCUGUACGAGUGCCUGCUCGAAGAGACCCCCUCGCUGCUCUACUACGACCUGGACUACUACGUGCCAUCAAGCCUGUGCGCGAGCGACUCCGAGGGGGUGAUCAGGGCGCGGGACGCAGAGUUUGCUGAGCGGAAGCGGCACUUCAAGCGACUUAGGGACGGCUUUUUGGAGGCGGUUCUGGGGUUACCGGAAGAGGCGGUCCGGUUCGAGGAGAGCACGGCACACGGAGAGGUCCCGGGGGGUUUCCGGUUCAGCGUCCAUGGGGUGCUCAAGGGGUUCUGCCUUGAGGACCGCCGAGCGCGGGGCCUAUUUGCAAAGGCAUUCGACCACUUCCUAAAGAACCCGCCCCCGCAGCUGGCGCGCAGCGCCGAGUUCGUCUGGACGGAAGAUCAGCGGGGCCGCCCAAAACUGAUCUGGGAUGGCUCGGUCUACUCCAAGUUCCAGAACUGGCGCAUGCUGCGUUCGAGUAAGAAGGGGAGCGGUCGCGUCCUCGAGCCAAGCGAGGGCAGCUCGGAGCUGAUUGCGGACCAUCUGGCGGGGCUCUACUCGGCAGCGGAGCGGCAGCGCUGCGCCCAGUUAGACGCGGCGCGCCUGGAGGCGUACCUCCAGCAGCAUGCGCCCACCUUGUCUCGACCACCGCGUCCCACGAUGCGGGUGAGAGAUACGGGCCAGCCGGUAGAUGGCGGGCAGAGUUUGGCGGACCUGUGUGAGCAGGAGCAGCGCGUGCUGGUGGAGUGCUAUCAGCAGGAGCACCCCGGCGCUACGCCCGCGCGCGUUCACGUCGUCGGCGCGGGGGUCUUCACGGUCCACUUCGACGUGCCGGAGCCCAUGUGUCUCCUCGCCGGCCGUCCGCACAUGUCCCCGGGCAACAACAACACGUACCUGCUCUACCGGCGGUCCAGGCCCGGGGUGGCAUUAUACAAGUGCCACUCCGCCUCGUGCAGCGGAGUUGCACGUCUUCUCCAUUUGGAGACGGGGCAAAUCACGGGCUGGACGGAGGACUACGUCAAGGUGGACGGCAUGCGCCCCUAUCCGCUCUUCUCCAUCGACUCCCCCGCCAAAAACACGAUCCUGGCGGCGGCCAACAAGGGAAUUGGGAAGUCGAAGGAGGGGAACGGCUGGCUGGAGAGGCUGCUACAGAGAUUCAAGUUUGCAAACUUCGUCAUGGUCGCGGCCAACGUCACGCUCGCCCGCAAGUAUGCGGAGGAUCUGGCGCGGCACGGCAUCGAGGCCACGCUCUACCUCGAUCUGCCUGGAAGGAUUAACGACGAAAGGGUCGUUGUCUGCAUAAACUCCCUCCCCAGGCUAGCUGCGAGCUUUGACGUGGUCAUCAUGGACGAGAUGGACAUGAUCCUGUCCAACAUGAACUCGGACGUCAUGGCCUGCAAAAAGAGGGUCUUCUUGGCGCUGGAAGGGGCGACGCGGCACGCCAAGAUCGUGCUUGGCAUGGACGCCAACAUCGGCAGCCCCCGAGUCAUGCAGUGGCUGCACAUGGUACGGCCAGAUGCUGCUCUGCACACGAUUCGCAACCGCGGGGUGUACCCAGGUGAACGGAAGGCCACAAUCAAGUACAUCCCCGCGUCCAUGCGCUUCCAGAAGGACCCCUACGGCCCGACCAUUGCUGAGACGAUGGCCUGCCUGCAGAGAGGCGAGCACGUAAUAGCACCCUCGUCGAGCAAGACAUACGUUCUCAAGCUUGAGGAAGCCUUCAAGCAGCGCUUCCCGAGCGACGGCCCGACCGCAAAGUCGGGGAAGUUCUUCUACUCCAAGCCGACGACGGAAGCGGCGAAAGACGCCCUCGAGCUGGCGGUUACUGACCCCGACACUCACAUGACGGCAGAUCUGUGCGCCUCCUCGCCUGUGAUCGGCCCUGGCAUCUCGCGAGAGCGGCCGCACUUCGACAAGCUCAUCGCUUUUGCGAUGAACAGCUUCGAGCGCGGUCCGACCGUCGAAACGUUCCUCCAGCAGCUCUUCCGCGAUCGCACUGUCACCGACUUCACGAUCUAUGUGAAGGAAGGCGCGGGCCCCCAAUGGCUUCCUUCCACCGUUGAGGACGUCUUCUGCGCGAUCGAAGAUGACGAUCGCGAGCUUGCCAAGCUGCUUGGCAGCACCGAGCAUCUGGACUUUCUGUUGGCCCCCUCGGGAAUGCGGCCAGUCUGUGACAGGAACUCCCCCAGCUGCGUUUUGUACGCGAACAACAUCCUCACGGUCGCCAACAGCUUCCGGAAUUACCGGGAGCUCCUGUGCGCUGACCUCAUCAAGCAGGGCUUUGUCGUCAAUGAGGUCUGUCUCGACGACAAAGCCCCAUCCGUUCAGGUGCGCAGAGUGGCCAACGACGACGACAAAGAUCUUGCCGACGAUGUUUGGCGGGCCAGGUAUGUGGUCGAUGACGAGGCGUAUGGCAAACUCCUCCAGAAAGAUGAAAUCGACACGCUGGAUGAGGUGGAGGUGCGGCAGAAACAUAUCUAUGAGUGCAUCCGCAAUGUGCACAAGGUUGAUCCUCGUCGGGUCGACCACAACUACGAGGUGGUGCACUGCGGCAAGGAGCUCGUUCCGUACCAGAACUACAUCAGGUUUCAAACGACCCCUUUCUUUGACAUCAUGGACGAGCUUACGAGAGCCUUGAAGGAAGGUGACAUGGAGGGCGUCACAAAGGAGUACGUCGCUGCCAGGGGCGACAUGUCGCGUCGGGUGCCCUUUGCCGCGAUGCUUCUGGCAGCUCUGUUGGGGUGCCAGCCAGGGGAAGUGGAAAGGUGUAAAGAGGAUGGGUUUGCGGUGGAGGAGGAUACAUUGCAAGUGAUCCACGACACGGUGCUCGGGCCAACGCCUGAGCGGCUCAGCUUCGUUCGCGACUUUUACGGGAUAGACCAGCCGGCUCGGGACCUGUCAGCAACAAUGAAGCGUAAUGCCAUCAAGAAGAUUCUCCACGUAGGCCUCGGGCUCAACCAUGUCGCACCAAAGAAGUCCAACGGGAAAUUUGUUGCUGGCCGGCCCCACCUUUUCAAGCCGCUAUUGUGGCAGGAAGUGCGAGAGAAGUACGGUCAGCUCGAUGAGUACGAGGCGGCACUACCGAUAGAGAGAUGCAUGAUACGCACGUAGAAGUAGCUUCGGGUGCUGGUCGGUACGAGGAGGACCCUAGUGCAGAAGUGAUAAUCAUGAUUUAUUGAUUAUUGAAGCAAAGGGUUGGCGCCGUUUUUUUCAGAACAUUUUGAGGAGCUGUUGACUGUAGUGAUACUUUUUUACUUACAAAGUAAAAAGUUGCACCAUUGCUUGUGUUAAAAAGGGGAUUCUGGAUUCCGAGCAUUGCGCC